GUGAGGAAGAGGCAGGAGAACAGUGAGACACAGGACAAGGCUCCCACCUUCCCUGCAGCCUCCCCUGGCCUUGGGCAGCUCCCUGUGAGUAGAUGUGCAGCAGGUGCCCGAGGUGCUGAUGUGACACCCACCACUGGUUGCCAGAACAAUGGGGAAACUGCAGAGUAAAAUCAGCUUCAACACCACCAAAUACAGGGCCGAGGGCUCCGUGGGACAGACGGGACCUGCUGGUGCCUCCUGGCAGCACAGCCCUGCUCACACUGAUGCUGUCACCUCUGUGGCUGCCCUCAAACCAGACCUGUGCGUGUCAGGAGGAAGGGAUAAGAGUGUGGCUGUGUCCAGCUGGAGGUCUGGGGCUGCCCUGCGCCGCUUCACCGGCCACGAGCGCGAGGUCACCAAGGUCACCUCAGCCCUCGACUCCAGCAGAGUCUUCAGCGCGUCCCGGGACAAGACAGUGCUGAUGUGGGAGCUGCACGGGACUGAGGGGCCAAGGCAGCACUUCCCAGGACAUGACCUGGUUGUUACUGGGCUGGCUGUGAGCCCAGACGCCUCCCAGCUGUGCACGGGCUCCCGGGACAACACCGUGUGCAAGUGGGACACUGAGACCGGGGAGUGUCUGGGCAGAGCUGCAAUCUCCAGGAACCUGGUCACACACCUGUGCUGGGUUCCUGGGGAGCCUUAUGUCAUCCAGACCUCAGAGGAUAAAACCACCAGGGUGUGGGACAGCCGGGAGCUGCAGGUGGCCCACACGUUCCCAGCCAAGCAGCACAUCCAGACGUGCUGUGACGUGAGCCAGGACGGGCGGUACUGCCUCAGCAGCAGCAGCGGCUCCGGCGGCCACGGCGCCGAGGCCACCCUCUGGGACCUGAGGCAGACCAGGGGCCGGGUGUGUGAGUACAAAGGGCAUUUCCAGACCACCACCUCGUGUGUCUUCCUGCCCCGGGGCCCCACGCUCGCCCCCAGCAUUGCCACAUCCUCCAGCGACAGCACAGUGAAGCUCUGGGACCAAGGCACUGCAGCCUGCCUGGCCACGCUGUGCCUCGAGGGCUCGGGCCCGCUGGCCUCGCUGGCCGCCUGCGACAGCCGCACCCUGCUCUGCGCCAGCUCCAACUCCGGCAUCCACGUGCUGCGAGUGAGGGGCGGAGCGGAGCCGAGCCUGGAGGAGGUGGCGGCGUUCUGAGCACCGGGACCCCGUCAGACACUGUCCCUGGAGGAGGUGGCAGCGUUCUGAGCACUGAAACCCUGUCAGACACUGUCCCUGGAGGAGAUGGCCGCGUUCUGAGCACUGAAACCCUGUCAGACACUGUCCCUGGAGGAGGUGGCAGCGUUCUGAGCACUGGAACCCCCAGAUUGUCCCAGGAGGGGAUGUGACCCCCAAGAGCUGCCCUGACGGUGGGCAGCAGGGACUCUGUGCCUGUGGGGCACGGCAGCAGGGCUGGGGAGUUGCUGGUUGGUUUGUGGGUGACAGGGAAGCAUUCAGAGCUGUCCAGGAGAAAAGCCAAACCCUGGGAGCCUUCAGGCCAAGCCCUUGCUCCUGAGUGAGCCUCCCUGCAGCCAGAGAGAGGCACAGGACGGGCAGAGGGAGGAGAUGAGACAGCAGGACCAAGGCACAGAUACUUGAGCACCAGGCUGAGCACACACAGCUGGACCUGGGCUUGGACCAGAGGAGACUGCAAUGAAAUAAUUCUCUGUUAGUUGCUGGCCUCUCAUUCCAUUGUAUUUUCCCUGGAAGGAACUGUGCUCACAUUCCCAAGGAACAGAGAGAGCUGCUCUCCAGCUGACAGCAGGGAGGUGAAUCUGUCUUCUCUUUACUCCUGAAAGUUUCCAUCUGAGCUGGAAGGGACCCACCAGGAUCCCCCAGCCCAGCCCC